GCGAGCGACAGAGUGACGAAGGAGAGACAGGACUUCACUUACUCUGGAAGAAAGAGGGCGAAGUGCGAAGCAGAAAACCACACUCACGCCUCCGUCACAACCAGCAAGAAUCUCGGCGAACAGCAGGCGCCUGUCGCGUGGCCGCGCGACGACGAGCGCGCUAUUUUAAAAACAAAAAACACGCGAGCUUUGAUUGGGUGCGCAACUUGGAGCUGCGACGAAAGCCGAAAGUUAACUCGGGAGCGGACAUUGUGCUAGUGGAGUGAGAUCUUACUGUCACAUGGACAAAAGCAUUCUACUAUUCCUUUUAGGCUGUUUCCAGGUUACACAUUUGCAGAAGUGUCCAAGGACAGCAAACCAUGUGGAGCUUCUUGUGGAGUGGAGUGAUUUUCCAAAGUGGGGGAAAGCACAGUGUUACUUAGUUGAUUAUCAUCUUUUGAAAAAUGUCAGCAACAUGAUUAUGCUGAAUGUUUCUACUGCAUCCAGAUGUUUUCGGGAUUCCAGCAUACAGAUUCCUGGACUAGAAGAAAAUGAAGAUUAUAGAAUUACUUUAAUGUCAAUGAGCCAUUCAGACAUUUUAGGCCGGAAAUCCUUCCAUCUACGAUUGCUGUCUGGGACAAAAAUAAGAACAGAAGUAACAAGCACAAGUGCACUGUUUAAUUGGUCCAAACUAGACAGAAUGUUUUCUGUCAAAAUUAAACUUCAUAACUCAUCCUGGACAAUAUUGCCUGAUCAAACAAAUUUUCAGGUACAAGGUUUAAAACCUGGGACAUUGUACAGUUUCUCCAUGGAAUUUAAAACUUCUCUGCAAGACCUUGAAAUAAGUAUCACACAAAAGCUGAAUGUCUUCCUUGAAACAUCUUUAUGUCCACUAGACUGGAUUCACUUUAGAAGCAGCUGCUACAAGAUUGGUAAAGACACCCAGGUUUGGAGUGCUGCACAAGAAGGGUGUGGCAGAGCAUUGCCUGAAUCACACCUUGUGAACAUUGGAACGGAAGAAGAACAUCAGUUUAUAUCUUCUUAUCUUAGAUCUUUAAACCAUGUACUAAUGCUAUGGACGGGUCUCAAUGAUAAACAAGAGGAAGGUGUGCUGCAGUGGACAGAUGGAACUAUUUAUAAUCUGAAGAAUGUGAUGUCUGCUUCUUUGCCAAGCAAUGAGACAGACUGCUAUGCUAUGCAGAUGAAUGCAACGGGACCAAACUACUUCUUUACCGAAUUUUUUUGUUAUAUCCCUUUACCAUUCCUUUGUGAAUAUGAAUUUGCCUCAGUGCCUGAUGAUUUUCAACUUCAUGUGGAAGAUGUAAAAGAAACAGAAGCCACCAUUUCUUGGUUUUCCUUGCGAAGCUGGCUGAAGGCUGAACAUUUUUCUGAAUAUUUUCUUCAGUAUCAUGCAGAACUGGUAGGCAAUAGACCAGUUAUGAGAAAGCUGCCAUCUAAUUCCACACGAUUUACCAUUUCGGGACUGUCACCUGGCAGCACAUAUUUAUUUGCUCUUAAAGUCACACGUGCAGGAGGUGCAUCUCAAAUCAUCAGCCCAAUGCUUAGAGUUGAAACAAGUAAGCACUGUACCUUUUAAAUGUU